UGGGAUUGUUGCGGCGCAUUCGGAGCAGACGACUGGAACCUCAACAUCUAUUUUAACUGCACGGACACCAACCCCAGCCGAGAGAAAUGUGGGGUCCCCUUCUCCUGCUGCACCAAGGACCCUGCGGUAAGGAACUCUCACAGGGGCUAGGGAGGGUUGGUCAGAGACAUGGGUCAUGGGGUUCGACAAGUCAAGUCUGACAUUUUAAAGUGGAAAUUACAAACUUUAGAAGCCUUUUUUAACCUCAACUACACUACAAGUUUGCAUUUCCUACUGUGCAGGAAAAUUCUCUGCAACAAAAGAGUGGUCAAAUGAAGAUCAUACAUCUGUAUACAUUGAAAUGAAUGAGUACUGUAGUCACUGAAAAUACAGAUUUACAUGGUUUUCCAGUAUUUGGUUAGUGCCGAUGACAGUAUCUAUGAGACGGCAAAACCCAUUUCUCAGACUGGCACCAAAGUUAAGGGUGCCAACACACUGGGAUUUUGUGUCCGAGACUUUCAGAUAGAGCCAAUACUUUUUAAUUGGGAGUCAUCCGUUGCCGGCUGAAUGACAACGGAUGAUGAUUGUCCGACCAAAAAACGGUCCAUCUUUUGAACAGGAAAUGGUCAUGUGUGUCAGUGGUAUUAUCAGUGGUUGUCAGGGUUAUGAUGACAGUUGACAUCUGCUUUUUCUGAUAACACUUCUAUUUCUCUUCAUUAGGAGGAUGUGAUAAACACACAGUGCGGCUAUGACGUACGAGCCAAAACGGUGAGUGCUGUUCCAUUUCUCUCCUCUUUCCCUCUCUACCGCCUUCCUUUUUCCUUCUACAUAUUUCCUUGAUAUAGUUAGUGGCCUUUAUUAUGAUGGCGUCUAAGAGAUAUUUCUGAGAAUAUAGAAAGUCAAAUUAUAUUAUAAAAGGGUUAUAUAAUAAAUGAUCACAUAUGGUUGUAUAUGCCAUUUGCAGGCUAACGAGCUCCCUCUAAUAAACAUGUUACUGUCCCUUGUUGUAGGACGCAGAACAGAAGACCUACAUCCAUGUGAAAGGCUGCGUGCCACAGUUUGAGAAGUGGUUACAGGACAACCUGACAGUAGUGGCUGGGAUCUUCAUAGGAGUUGCGUUGUUACAGGUGAGAGAAACAUUUAUUUCACUACUUUCAGCCUAUUGUAGAAAGGGCCAGCUACUCUCCGAUUCAGAACAUUAACUUGUCUCAGCAGGGUGACAAGGUGUUGAAAGCGUUCCACAGGGAUGCUGGCCAAUGUUGACUCCAAUGCUUCCCACAGUUGUCAAGUUGGCUGGAUGUCCUUUUGGUGGUGGACCAUUCUUGAUACACACAGGAAACUGUUGAGUGUGAAAAACACAGUAGCAUUGCAGUUCUUGGCAUAAACCGGUGCGCCUGUUCAAAGGCACUUAAAUAUUUUGUCUUGCCCAUUCACCCUCUGAAUGGCACACAUACACAAUCCAUGUCUCAAGGCUUAAAAAUAUUUAUUUAACCUGUCUCCUCCCCAGAUUGAAGUGGAUUUAACAAUUUACAUCAAUAAGGGAUCAUAGCUUUCACCUUGUCAGUCUGUCAUGGAAAGAGCAGGUGUUCAUAAUGUUUUGUACACUGUGUAUAUGCUAUAAGUAUUGUAGAAGAGCAGAGAAGCUUGCAUGUGACUCAGUCACUGGUUACUAUGGCUGACCCUGUAAAACAACACAUUUCACUGCAACUAUCCAGUGUAUGUGACAAUAUAAACAUUUAUACACUGAACAAAAAUAUAAUUGCAAAGUAAAGUGUUGGUCCCAUGUUUCAUGCAUGAGCUGAAAUAAAAGAUCCCAGAAAUGUUCCAUAUGCACAAAAAGCAUAUUUCUCUCAAAUGUUGUGCACAAAUUUGUUUACAUCCCUGUUAGUGAGAAUUUAUCCUUAGCCAAUAUAAUCCAUCCACCUGACAGAUGUGGCAUAUGAGGAAGCUAAUUAAACAGCAUGAUCAUUACACAGCUGCAAUAAAAGGCAGUGUGCAAAGCUGUCAUCAAGGCAAAGGGUGGCUACUUUGAAGAACACUUAUUUGGUUACUACAUGAUUCCAUAUGUGUUAUUUCAUAGUUUUGAUGUCUUCACUAUUAUUCUACAAUGUAGAAAAUAGUAAAAAUAAAGAAAAACUCUUGAAUAAGUAGGUGUCCAAACCUUUGACUGGUACUGUAUAUUUCUAUGCUAAUGAAAACAUCAUUUAAUUACAACAGACAUCACAUUCAUAAUUAUCUUUCUUUUACAGAUAUUUGGAAUAUGCUUGGCACAAAACUUAGUCAGUGACAUCGAAGCUGUGAGAGCAAGCUGGUGAGAAAAAUAUCAAAUACUUCAAAUUAACGUCUCUCAAGUUCAUUCUAUCACAUCUUAUGUAUUUCCUCAUUCCCUACAACUUUUUAUUAACUGGAUUCAUUAUUGAUUUUGACACUCCAUAGACAUAGCAGCAUUGAAAAUCUAAGUGUGCCACCAUGUAGACUAAACUUGCACUACUACGUCAUGGAAAUCCUUUGACGAGGGAAUUUGGAAUCACAUUUUCAAAACCAGACAGUAUUUUAGAAAAAGUGCUUCAUUAUAUUUGGCAUAGAAUGAAGUAAGAAGAUAUUGCGCCAUAUGUAUCAAGCUUCUGUAAAUGUAACAAUGGUGAAAGACAUUUUAGAAAAUGGUGGAAUUGAACUCCUACUCUUAAAAUGAAGAAAGAAGUUCAACAGUAUUGAUGAUUGUAACCACUAAAUCUGCAUUUUACAAGGUUCUUACUAGUUUUUCAAAUACAUAAUCAGCCUAGAUCCAGAGUAUAACUUUUAUGUGUAGUUUCUUUGACUUUGCUCUGGUACCUAACUUAACCUCCUAGUUUGAAUGAGUCAUUUCGCAAAGGUUCUGCGCUCUGCCACUCCUAGCUGGCCACUCAGCUAGGAGACAGAAGCACAGCACCCCCCCCACUCACUCAUGCCAACCCCCACGUCCACAUCCCUGGCAGGGUAGCUGUGUCACAAUGCCACUUUGUCACACCAUCGCCAUGCCAACUCACGCUUCAUUUUUCCUCCCCCAUGCUUCGUCAGAGUGCCCCCGCCCUCUCUCUCUCCAUGCACCGCCCCCCCGCCUCACUCUGGAAAGAAAGGGUCUGCAUACUACGCGUGAGGAACGUGCUUGCGAGCGUGUAUGAACUGUAGCCGGUGGGUGUUGUUGUUGUCCUCCGUAUGAACUGUAGCCGGUGGGUGUUGUCCUCAGUGAAUCAGUAGUAGUCACUGUGUAGUGAAUGAUUUACCACAGCCCAGACCCUGCAAGACCCCCUUUUCAUUGAUAACAGUCUGUUAACAUUAAUACAAAGUAGCCCCAGAUCAGUAUCAGGGAUUACAACUCUGGCAGGGACAUUAGGAUUAUAGAUCGAUUGUGUUUUAUUUGGCCCCCCAAGUUUUCUGAGCAAAAAAAAAAAGAACAUUUUUCAUUGUUGGGCAUAAGACUGUAAAAACACCAGGAAAUCAGCUCUUAAGUGAUUUUAAUUUAGGAAAUCUGUUCCCAAGUAUUCCCACGCAUAAUAGAGGGACAUAUGUGAUCGUAUACAAAUAAUAAUAGAUUGGAUUUAUAUAGCGCUUUUCUACCAACUGAUGUACUCAAAGCGCUUUACAUAGUAGGGGGAAACUCACCUCAUCCACCAUCAAUGAGCUGCACCCACCACAGUGAUGCAUGGCGACCAUUUUUGUGCCCGAACUCUCACCACACAUCAGCUAUCAGGUGGACAGGUGAGGAGUGAUAUAUGCCAAUCAGGAAUGAGGGGAAUUUAGCCAUGACACCGGGGUGAACACCCCUACUCUUACAAUAAGCGCCAUUGGGAUUUUUAAUGACCACAGACGUAAAAUCCCCCAUUUUUAACGUCCCAUCCGAAAGAUGGAACCCUACGCAGGACAAGGUUUGAAAUGAUUGUUUUAGUCAAAUAUUAUAUCCGUUUAGGCUUCUUGCUGUCAAUUGGUAGUCUAAAAAUAUAUUUUUGUAUUAUGUUCUGGCCCCCGACCAUCCGCUCAAGAAAAAGAUUGGCCCGCGGCUGAAUCUAGUUGAUGAUCCCUGACGUAUACCAUUCAUAUGGGUAUGUGAACCAAAAUGUCAGGCUAAGAUGGAGGCUUAACUAGCUCACUGUUGGUGGCAGUCUGCCAAUAGAUUUAAGGACAUGACCCAUUUCCUUCACCCAUCAGUUCAACCCAGAUCCUGUAGUAAUGAAGAAUGGAAACAGUUUCAGAAUAAUGCCCAACUUCCCUCAGAUCCCUCGGCCACUGAUGCCCUGAGCCAAGCCAUCACUCUUUGCCUCCCUGCCCAAUUCCCACCAAAUGUAUCCACCAGGGGUGUAUUCAGGAUGCAUUACAUGUUCACCGAAAAUUCAAAUGUAAAUUGAAUUUAACAUGUGGUUCCAGAGUAUUGUGAACACUAUUGAAUAUGCAGCAGAGUGGGACUGAAAAACACUUGAUAACAUUUGACAACUUCAGGCAUUCUGAAUGCACCACCUCCCUGGCUUUGCUCUUAUGUAAUAAAAGGAACACGUUUUAAACCUUCCUUUUUCUUUCUGUGUAGUUUAUUUACCUGAUGUCGCGGCCCGUCUUCACCCAGGAACGCACA